AUGAUGCUUGCGAGCCUUCGAGAAACUACUGCUCCAUUCAUUCACUAUGCUCCAACAGACGAUGAAGUUAUGGUUGCGAACACUGAGUAUCCACAGGGAGAACGAAAGAAGCGGGAAGCUGCUUGGGAUUGGAUACGAAUCGAAACUGAGUGUCAUGGCAGAACAGUGACGAAAGAUCCGGCAAUGACGAUGUAA